AUGGCCUCAAAAGAAGCAUCCAUCCUUCCUGCGGGUCUCAUGGAGGCCCAAUUGUCCACAAUUGACCUCCUAGAAGCGAUGUUUCCAUCACCGGGCGAGCUGGAAAUCCCCGAGUCUACAACGCAGUGUGUGGUGAAACUCCGAGACUGGCGCGAGGACCCGACCCGCACAUUAUCGGGAAUACCUCCGAGUGUAUCUCUCGUCGUCUGUCUCCCAAUUUCAAAUGGAGAGAAAACAAUCCAGGUCAAUGUUUCAGUUCCAUUACACUGCGAAAAUCAAGAGACGGGGUGUGACGAGCCACCAUCAUUAGGCUAUUCACUCCGACAACCGGACUGGAUGUCCAAAGCCGAAGUCGCCAGGCUUGCCCUCUCGAUACCACAAGGUGAUGCUCUGGAGGCAUUCGAGUACAUUCAAGCAGAAGUUAGCCGCUUUGUUGAAGAGAAGCAGUCCGAAUUACGGAUUGCGACUUCAGAAGAGAAUUCCAAAGAACCGCUCGUGAGAGUCUGGUUCUAUUUUCCGUCCCUUUCGACCCGUAAGAAGAGGGAUGAUAUGGUCAACCUUGCACCGGGAUAUUCCCUAACUGGCUUCGUGCUGGCAGGCAAGCCGGGUGUAUUGUGUCUCGAGGGCGCGUCGACGGACAUCGACGCCUAUAUGAGCUUCAUCAAAACACAUUCGUGGGGUGAUAUCCCAAGUCACCAGAAAAAGGUUAGCGAGAGAUUCCGACAGACGGAAGGGAUUAAGAGAGUAUUUCCGGGAAUGGAGGAAAUCACAGAUUCCUUAGGAGAAAGAGGCGGACAACGCGCUAAUCGUGGAGAUAUGCAGGCAUUGGAGGCGUGGCUCGGGGCGAAGGGACUCCAUGAGGCUUUUGAAAAUGUAAUAUUCUAG